UGUAUAUGUAUGUUAUAUGCGUAUAAAUUAUAUUAUAAUAAAUUAUCUAGAUGGAAGAACUGCCAGUGAUACUAGAUCAUCUGAAAUCUACCGUAGAAUGUUUGUCUAUGUCCGCUCAAACCAAUACUUGGGAAGUAUGCGGUGGCUUGGAUCGAUUACAUUCAAUUAUGAUGAAUAUUUUUAGUCAUGGUUGUAUAACGAUAAAUUCAAACGCUGAAGAUGUUGUUUGGAAUUUUAUUCAAGGAAUCAAUUGGUUGCACCCAACAAUAGCAUCAUUAUGCACAUCGUCUAGAAAUACAUGCCCUAAAAAUGAACAUUUGGAUAAAUCAUCAUUAUGGAUAUAUAAAAGUCUUGAAAACCAUUCACUAUCCGAAAAACUUGGAUUGUUAUUGUCAGACAAAGAUCAUCUGUACAAAUGUUAUAAGCCAGAAGCUUUUUUAUGUCAAAAGGAGUAUAGUGAUGCUGCAUUAUUAUGUCUAAGAGUUGUUGAACUGAAUCAACCGUCUUUAUUACUGGAAAUCAAUCCUAAAUUAUACUUAAAUUAUUCAUCUAAACUUGAACAUUGUACAACCUUGCCAAAAUCGUUAUAUAAGCAGACACAUAGUAAAUAUUUCAAACAAUUGGGUUCAUUGACAAAUCUCUUGAAGUAUAAAUCAUCUGAAAACAUCAAUGAACAUAAUAUAAAUACUGGAAAUAAUAAUGUACUACCUAAGCACAAAAUUAAACAUUUGUGUAAAAGACAAUGCUAUAGAAGUUGGCCAGAUAUUUAUAAUAAGACAUUUGAUCAAUCAAAAUUCAGACGGUCAUUAAGUUUUGACACAAUGCAAACAUCUGACUACUCAUUAGAUUGUACCAUCCAGGCUGCAACAAUAGAAAAUACAUCUCAGGUUUUGUUACCAAAGUUAUUAGAUGUUAAUUAUGAACAGCUUCUACGUGAUAACGAUGAUUCAAAUAAACAUCUAUUAUUGAAUAGUGAUUUGCCCAAACGAAAUAAACGACGGUCAAAGUUGUUUACACUCCCAUUGAAAAUAUUAGAAGAAUCUGACGAUGACACCCGAAGUAAUAUUUCUGAUGGAUCCAGAACUUUGAUACCUUAUGAUGAAUUUCCGCCUUCAAAGUAUGUAGGCACAUUCGGAUUAGUAUCUUCAUAUUUUCCCGAUCAAGAUUUGUUCAAGUUCUUAUCUUCUGGACAGUUUCUUCAAGCCAAUGCUGAACUUGAUCGUGAAAAUGCUCAUUUCAAAAUUUCUGAAGCAAUUAUUGGCACUAUUGAACAAAUCAAAUGCAAUCAAAAAUUGAAAUUCACCGACGAAGUGAUCGACGAGAGCGACGAAGAGAUAAACCGGUUAAAACAAAAAAUCCGUUGUCGUCGCAGACAAAAGCUGCAGAUCGAACAGACCCCGAAGGCCGGCACGUCGUCUUCCGAUUGCUUGACUGAAUCCACGAUGAGUUCUCUGACGUCUUCGUACUGCUCAACCACAUCCAGUAUGUCCACCACGGAUGAUAUGGACGAGUUCGAUUUGGACGACGACAGCAUCUGUUCGUCGAUGUUCUCUGUGUGCAGUUCGUCGGCGGGCUCGUUGUCAUACUCGAACGCAGACCGGACGCGAUCGGCCAGCGUGUGUUCAACAGUCACGGCAGAAAGUGUCGCACGGUCGUUGAUCCGCCAGAUCAGCCACAAGAACAACUGGCCCGUCGACGUCAAUGUUCAGUGGCUAAUAUCUGAAAAUGACGCCCCGCAACAGAUUUUGCCUCUACCGUCGAGCUGGCCCGUCAACCCGCUUGAUGACACCGAUGAUCGUCCAGAGGCUUCGUCUCGGUUGCGAGGCACUAGUGAUUGGGCGCCACCACGACCGCAAAUUAUAUUCACUAGUCAUCCGUCGCCAAUUAGGAAAAACAUAAUGGAACUACAAGGUUAUAGAUGUGCGGGCUGUAGUAUGAAAGUGGCAGUGAAGUACGCUUCGAAGUUCCGUUAUUGCUUUUACUUGGGUCGGUAUUUUUGCACAGGGUGUCAUAUUGAUAAGACCGCUAUCAUACCCGGCCGGAUAAUUGGAAAAUGGGAUUUUUCAAAGUAUCCGGUGUCGUGUUUCUCGUUCACUCUGCUGGAGAAAAUGCUAUUCGACCCGCUGUUCAAUAUAACCGAUUUGAAUAGCGUCCUGUAUAAACGUGCCCGAGGCCUAGACAAAGUUCGAACGUACCGGAUGCAAUUGUAUUACAUCAAAGAUUUCAUUUUCUUAUGCAGAUACGCCGAUCGAUUAAAAGAGACAUUGGAAACCAUGGAUGCCCAUAUAAUACUUAAACCAGACUUGUAUUCCAUCCAAAACUUGGUGGAUGUCAAAAAUGGAGAGCUCGGUAAAAAACUACAAAACAUAAUUGUUGCCUGUAAUAAGCACAUUAUCAAUUGUCAGUUGUGCCAAGCAAGAGGGUUUGUUUGUGAAAUAUGCAACAAGAACAAAAUACUUUUUCCUUGGGACUUCAGAUUGGUCACGAGGUGUGUAGACUGCGGAUCAUGUUAUCAUAAAAAGUGUUACGAUUCGAGAAAAGUGCCAAUGUGCCCCCGGUGUCCUCGGAUCAUGGCUAUGUUUAAAAGAACAGAAAUUCAAAAUGAUCAGAAUACUGCUAUACAGUCUUGAACAAUGGCAGUGAAUUAGUUUCUACUACAACCAACCAAAUGUAUUAAUUGUGUACUUUCUGAUAAUUGAUUUUUUUAUUACCUUUUAGUAUUUUAUUUUUGGUAUUUUUUACUCCCAUAACUAUUUAUUGUAUUGUAGAUUGUAGAACAUACAUAAACAUGAUAACAAUGGUAAUUAUUUGUUAUGUUUUUUGCCCAUUUUUGGCAACAAGAAAAGAAAUGAAUAUCAGAUACCCUUUAUGGAAAUAUUAUUAUUUAAUAUUUAAAUAACCCAUUAAUAAAUAAUAAUACAAUUAACAGAUAUCCCUCUAAUUUUAUUGAUAAUAUGGACUCAUAUAAAUUUAUAAAAAAAUAUUAUAUUUAAGCACUGAAAUUUAAGGAUAUAGACACAAGAAAUACUUGGCUGACUAUACAAGGUUUUAAAAAGUACUUUUUGUGGUCUAACUAAGGAUUAAAAUAAACUGAAUUAAUAAUGUUGUAUUGUGUCAUUGUGUACUAUAACAAGUUCUACAUACUAAUAUAUAUAUAAAUAUAUAAACAAUAAUAUAUAAUAAUUAUAAAUAUAUAUAUUAGUCUUAGUAAUUAAUCAUUAUAACAUUUAACUGUCCUAUAAAUUAAUUAUUUUUAUUUAAUUGCUUACACUUUUACACAUGUGAUUAUUAUGUUUAAAUUUAAAAAAAAACUGUAAGCUAAUAGAUCUCAGAUGGUGAACCUAUGACACGCUUGUUACAGAGUGACACGCUCACACUAUUUUAGUGACACACACAAAUGUGUUAAAGUUUGAUAAUAUUAAAGUUUUUGAAAAAAAAAUUGAAGGGAUACGUACUAGUUGACACAAAAGGAAAACAAAUUCCAACCAAAAUUUUUAUUUGACACGCUAGUACAAAAAGGUUCGCCAUCUCCGUAAUAGAUUCUCGAUCAAGCUGUUUUGUUUUAAAAUCGUAUACAACUAAAUAUAAUUCAAUUAAUUUAACUGUUCAUAAUAUUAUAUUUGUCAACACAUUUAUAGUUUGUAUUUUGUAAGAUUUAAAUUGAUGAUAGCAAGUUGUGAUGAUUAUUUUUAAUAAAAAA